AUGACGAUCGACAUAAAUCUCCUGCGGGAGGAGAAGGGGGGCUGCCCCGCGAAGGUGGCGGAGAGCGAAAGACGGCGAGGGAGGGACCCGUCGAGGGUGGAUCAGCUGGUGGCUGCGGACAAGAGGUGGCGCGAGGCGACGUACGCGCUGGAGCAGGGCCGCAAGGACUUGAACUCGGUGAACAAGGAGAUCGGCCAGCGCAAAAAGGCGAACUCGAAGGAUUCUUGCGAAGACCUGGUGGCGAAGACCGCGGAAAUAAAGGGGAAGCUGCAGUCGCUGGAGGCUGAGGCUGCGGCCGCCGCCCAGACCCGAGACCGGCUGCUGAAGGGAAUAGGCAACCUCGUGCACGACUCUGUUCCCGUGAGCAGCGACGAAGCCGAAAAUAAAGUUGUGAAGACCUGGGGGACUCCAAAUAGAAUGAAGAUCGACGGAAGUCCGGGCCGCAUGCACCACCACGAGGUGCUCGCGCGCCUGCAGGGUGCGGACUUCAAGAAAGGCGUCGAGGUGGCUGGCCACAGAGGCUACUACCUCAAGGGCCCCGCAGUAAUGUUGAAUUAUGCUUUAAUUCAAUAUGGCCUCAGCUUUCUCGCAAAGAAAGGCUACCUGCCGGUGCAGCCGCCGUACUUCAUCCGGAAGCCGGUGAUGGCUGCGGCUGCAGAGCUCAAGGACUUCGAGGAAACCCUCUACCGCAUCCCCCACGACAGCAGCGCCCAGCAGCAGCAGCAGCAGCAGCAGGGGAAGCAGCAGGGGAAGGCGCAGGGGAAGCAGGAGGAGGCGGAGCGGGACGACAUGUUCAUGAUCGCGACCAGCGAACAGCCGCUGUGCGCGCUGCACAUGCACGAGCGCAUUGAAGAGAAGCAGCUGCCGCUGCGGUACGCAGGCAGCAGCACUUGCUUUCGCAAGGAAGCUGGGGCCCACGGGAAGGACUGCUGGGGGCUGUUUCGCGUGCACCAGUUCGAGAAGGUGGAGCAGUUCUGCAUAACUUCGCCGGAGAAGUCUUGGGAAAUGCACGAAGAGAUGAUCGCCACUGCGGAGGAGUUCUACCAGAGCCUCGAGCUCCCCUACAGAGUCGUCGCCAUCGUCUCGGGGGCCCUCAACGACGCUGCUGCCAAGAAGUACGACUUGGAGGCUUGGUUUCCCGGCUACGAGGCCUACAGGGAGUUGGUGUCUUGCAGCAACUGCACGGACUACCAGUCGCGGGAGUUCGAGAUCCGCCUGGGCCACAAGAAGGAGGCCGCAGCAGCAGCAGCAGCAGCAGCAGAAGCCAAGCCGUUCGUGCACCUCCUCAACGCCACUCUCGUCGCCACCCAAAGGUGCAUAUGCUGCAUUCUCGAAAACUACCAAACCCCCACCGGCCUCCGAGUCCCAAGGGCCCUGGUGCCCUACAUGGGCGGCCAGGAGUUUCUGCACUACACAGCAGAAGCAGAAGACACCAAAAGGGAGGCCUAG